AUGACUGCCAAUACCCCCAUCUUGUACAUACUUGAUUUCAACGUCGGCAACGAGACAGACGAUCCAGAGGACCCAUUCGCUGCCGGCCGUGUAGCAGUCGGAUCAUCCAAGGGCGGCCAACUUAAGACUCUCAUCGACCAUGAGCGCAAACCAGAUGGCAUAGACGUCCUACUAGAAGAUGGCGGCCAUAUCAUCUGGACCCAGAUGGGCCACCCUGACAAGAACGAUGGCAUGGUUCAGUCUUCUGAUCUCAGCGGAAAAAAUGUCAAGGACUUGUUCAAGGAUGGCGAGAUACACACGCCGAAGCAAGUCAUCGUUGACCGCACCAAUCAUAAGCUAUAUGUGUGCGAUCGGGAAGGUCUUCGCGUACAUCGCUCUAACCUUGAUGGGAGCGGGAAGGAGGUUCUGGUCAAAUGCGGUGACUGGCGGAAUAUGCAAGAUGUAGGCGAUAAGACGCUGCAUUGUGUCGGGAUUGCUGUCGAUACGAAGCAUGGCAAGUUCUACUGGACGCAGAAAGGGCCUAGCAAAGGCUUCCAAGGCCGUAUCUUCCGCGCUAACAUAGAGAUGCCGGCGGGUAAGACUGCAGAGACCCGCGACGACAUCGAGUUGCUCUUCGACAAUCUACCCGAGCCCAUUGAUCUUGAGAUCGACAGCGAUACACAGACGCUUUACUGGACAGACCGAGGCGACCCUCCGAAAGGCAACACCAUCAACAAGGCCGACAUCUCCAAGUCUAUUAAAGCGAACGAGAAGCGUGACGACUACUCAAUACUCGCACGGCAUCUGCAGGAAGCCAUCGGCAUUAAGGUGGACGAUAGGAACAAGCACAUAUAUGCCACCGAUUUGGGAGGCUUGGCAUAUCGGUAUGAUAUGGAUGGCAGCAAUUGUGUUGAGCUCUUCAAACAGCAAGGCUCGUAUACCGGCAUCGCGCUUGCGCAUCUUGAACCCGAGAGGGCGAAGGAGCUCUACGGUAUCGCUUGA